CGAAGAACAACGAACCAGUAGAGACCGAAGCAGAAAGAAAGAAAGAAAGAGCGAGAGAUAUACAAUGAGAGGUUACAACGUGUUCGGUGCAACGAGAUCGGGGAAGACGAUACUAGUGGCUCUCUUUCUAACGGUUGGAUCAUUCUACGCUGGCUCUCUCUUCGGCAACAACGAACCCAUCUACCUCUCACAAUCUGCUCUCUUCAAAUUCCAAAACAAAAUCAACCUUACUCACCGAGUCUCACCACUAGUCAUACCCGAAACUGGGAUGAAUGUGUGUCCCUUAAAGUUCAACGAGUAUCUCCCUUGUCACAACGUCACUUACGUUCACCAGCUGAGCUUGAACGUCUCUAGAAGAGAAGAACUCGAGAGACACUGCCCGCCGCUCGAGCAGCGUCUCUUCUGCUUGGUGCCUCCACCAAAAGAUUACAAGAUACCUUUAAAAUGGCCAACCAGUAGAGACUUUGUAUGGAGAAGUAAUGUGAAUCAUACACAUCUUGCUCAAGUUAACGGUGGACAAAGCUGGGUACAGGAACAUGGAGAGUUCUGGUGGUUCCCUGGUGGUGGUACGCAUUUCAAACAUGGUGCUUCAGAAUACAUACAAAGGUUGGGAGGUAUGGUGACUAAUGAAACAGGUGACUUGAGUUCAGCUGGAGUGGUACAAGUUCUUGAUGUUGGAUGUGGAGUUGCGAGCUUUGCGGCUUACCUUCUUCCUUUAGGUAUACAGACAAUGUCCUUUGCUCCUAAUGAUGCUCAUGAGAAUCAGAUUCAGUUUGCAUUGGAGAGAGGCAUCGGCGGUGCAAUGAUCUCUGCUGUUGCCACCAAACAACUGCCGUAUCCCUCAGCUUCUUUUGAGAUGGUUCAUUGUUCGAGAUGCCGUGUUGAUUGGCAUGCAAACGAUGGGAUCUUACUUAAAGAAGUUCAUAGGCUUCUUAGACCCAAUGGAUACUUUGUGUAUACGUCGCCACCAGCUUAUAGGAAUGAUAAAGAGUAUCCAAUGAUUUGGGAUAAGUUGGUUAGUCUAACUAACUCAAUGUGCUGGAAGCUUGUUUCCCGGAAGGUACAAACUGCUAUAUGGAUUAAAGAAGAGAACGUGGAGUGCCUUAAGAAAAAGGCAGAGCUAAAGGCUAUAAGCUUAUGUGAUGUGGAAGAUGCUUUGAAACCGUCCUGGCAAGUUCCUCUUAGAGAUUGUGUGCAGAUUAGUGGACAUACAGAGAAGAGACCCUCUUCUUUAGCUGAACGUCUUUCCACAUAUCCAGAAACUCUAAGAAACAUAGGCAUCAGUGAAGAUGAGUAUGCAUCAGACACAGUCUUCUGGAGAGAACAAGUUAAACAGUACUGGCGGUUUAUGAAUGUCAAUGAGAGUGAAGUGCGGAAUGUGAUGGACAUGAAUGCAUUUAUUGGUGGAUUUGCUUCGGCCAUGAACUCGUCCCCUGUUUGGGUAAUGAACGUAGUACCUGCUACCAUGAAUGAAACUUUGUCUGGAGUUUUUGAGAGGGGCUUAACUGGUGCUUUCCAUGAUUGGUGUGAGCCGUUCUCAACAUAUCCGCUGACGUAUGAUUUGUUGCACGCCAAUCAUGUCAUCUCUCAUUACCAAAGCCGUGGAGAUGGUUGUUUGGUAGAGGAUAUCAUGCUUGAGAUGGACCGGAUGAUUCGCCCUCAGGGAUUCAUCAUUAUAAGGGACGAGGAACCUAUAAUCUCAAGGAUCCGAGACUUGGCUCCUAAGUACCUCUGGGAAGUGGAGACUCAUCAGCUGGAAAACAAAUUCAAGAAGACAGAAACCGUUCUGUUUUGCAGAAAGAGAUUCUGGGCAAUCAUCUGAACAGA